GACCCGCGCGAUUCUACUCCGUGGAAAAUAAGGCUGGUGUUGUGGUUGGUGUUUAUGAUAGUGAUGGCAAGGAGACCCUGAGUGACGGAGCCCAGCAGGUCAACACAGAAUCGUCUGGAAAUCUAAGUCGUCUUUUGCAAUAGUCACAGAGUUUUAUACGUGUGGGUGAAGUGAGCGCAGGCGUAACUGAACACCAGGCAGGAGCUAUUGCAGGGAGUAGACAACAUGGCCUCCAAUGAGACACAUCUUGAUGGCCCCAGCACACGCAUGGGGAGGGGAGUCAAGAGAACACAUCCUAUUGUGCUCAAUGGUCUCGAAGAUACAGCUGAAGAGAUAAAUUCAGAUUAUCAGUGUCCAGUGUGCCUUGGCCUCAUCUCAGAGGCACACGUAACAAAGUGUGGCCAUACUUUCUGUCAUGAAUGCUUAGUGCGCAGCAUAGAGACUGAUAAACGCUGUCCCAAGUGCAAUUUUGCUAUUGAUAGUGUUGAAAACAUUUUUCCAAAUCACACUGUGAACCAACAAAUUUUUAAACAGCGUCGUGCUGUGGAUCUGCAAACAGCCUUUGCAAAAAGACACAAGUCAGCGGCGCUUAGUGAACUGCGGAACUACCUAAGCUUUGAUUCCUCUUGUCUUAGUGUUAGUGACAUAUCUGACCUUAUCACUAUUCUACAGGAAAAGAGAGAUCAGAUGGAAAAUGCAUCAAAGCGCAACAAGUAUGAGCUCAUGAAGGACUUCUUGUCUGAACUCAGAAAGCACAAAGAGGAACAGUUGGAUACAAUCAGCAGGGAGUUAAAACUAAUAACUCAUGAUUUGUCAAGUGUACAAACAAAUCUUGAAAGUGUCUCACCUUACAGUGAUAGUCUAGUUAGUUGCGUUCCCCAGGGAAAUAGUGUGCCAAAUUCUAGUGGUGUGUUGCUGAACGAGAUUCUCGAUGCUGACUGCCCAGGAACCUCAAACGGCUCCCAGGAUUCACGAAGCCCUACAGAAGAAGGAUUCAAUGUACCCUUAUUCAGCCAGGCAAACCCUCAGACCUCCACCAUAGAUGCUAAGCGGAAGCGAAUGCAUCUGCAUUUUAAGGAGUUGGUGGAACGAUACUUCAGCAUGCGUGUUCCUGGGUUCAGUGAUUCUGGGGUUGAGGAAGGGGAAGGGAAUGGUCUUGAACAGUUUGGAGAAUGCAUUAGUAAGUUUACCCAGUAUAGUAGCAUGCGACCUCUAGCUACAAUUAAUUAUAACUGUGAUAUGUUUCAUCAGUCAAGUAACAUUGCAUCUAGUAUAGAAUUUGAUAAGGACAGUGAAUUUUUUGCAGUGGCGGGUUUGACAAGAAAGAUCCGUAUUUUUGACUAUGGCACAGUAAUAAGAGAUACAGUAGACCUGCACUAUCCAUGCUCAGAGAUGAUCUGUCCCUCAAAGAUUAGCUGUGUUAGCUGGAAUAAUUAUAUGAAGCAUAUGUUAGCUAGCAGUGAUUACAAUGGAACAGUCACUGUUUGGGAUGCUUUCACGGCCCAGCGGUUACACGUUUUUCAAGAGCAUGAGAAAAGGUGCUGGAGUGUAGACUUUAACAGAAUGGACACAAAGCUUGUGGCCUCUGGCAGUGAUGAUCACAAGGUAAAACUGUGGUCAUUAGACAGCGAGAGGUCUUUGACAUGCCUGGAAGCCAAAGCAAAUGUAUGUUGUGUGCAGUUCAAUCCUGCCAGUCGUUAUCAUUUGGCAUUUGGAUCUGCUGACCACUGUGUUCAUUACUAUGACCUUCGAAACCUAAAGGAAGCAGUGAGGGUGUUCAAAGGUCAUCGUAAAGCUGUAUCAUAUGUCAAGUUUAUUUCCAGUGAAGAUAUUGUUUCUGCAUCAACUGACAGCCAGCUGAAAAUCUGGAAUGUGAACAGUGCUCACUGUGUGAGAUCCCUUCAGGGACAUACAAAUGAGAAGAAUUUUGUAGGGUUGGCAACUGAUGGUGAAUAUGUGGCUUGUGGCUCAGAGAAUAACUCCCUCUAUGUUUACUAUAAGGGACUGUCUAAAAAGUUGUUUAGCUUAAAGUUUGAUCAGAGGAAGUGGGUUUUAGAUCCAGAGCAGAAGGAGGAGGAAUCCACCGAGUUUGUGUCUGCUGUCUGCUGGAGGAAAGGAUCUAACAUCAUAGCUGCUGGCAACAGCAAGGGUAUCAUAAAGAUUCUGCAGAUGGUCUAGAUAACAGAAUUGCAAUGACUUAAGACAUGUGCAAACCUGCAAAUAUAAUGCUCUGGUUAGGAAAGGAUUGUUAGAAUGAUCAGUGUAAAUGAAGACUAGUUUUAUCUGGGGAUGAGGUGUUCCUUGUGCUUUUUACACCUCUUGGUAUUUGUAUUCCUGUUUCUUUUUCUCUUAACUAUGGCCCUUCUUUUUGAUAGUUGCAAAGGGGCAUGGAUUUAUUUAAUGGAAGAAGUUAUUGUUUAACUAAAUUAAUAUGUAGUAUUCUAAUUUGUGAUUUUUAUUAGUGUUGUAGCUAAACUUCAUGUCAUUCACUUACGAGAACCCACAUUCUCUAGAUAGAAUCACUGUUUUAAUUGUGUAUUUUGUUGUUUUCUGACAAGAGAAUGUUUGGGGCACUAUUAAUCUCAACAGUUUGUGAGGAAAGAAUGAGCAGGACAUGCUUAGUUUUGUUGGUGUACAUGAAAGGUAAUUAAGUUUACUUUUAACAUUCCAAUAUUUUAAAGCUGAUGUUUUUCUCCUCUUAGGGUAUUUGCUCUGCAGAUUCAUCGUAUUUUACACAUUUUAUUAUUAUUAAAAUUGGAUAUAAUAGUUUAUUUUAUUUUUAUGAGAAUCUUGUUUAUGUUAUGGUCAGUCUUUCUGAAGCUCAUAAUUCAAAGGAAUUAGACUAGCAUGAGAGGAUAGUCAUUGUGUGCAGACAGGCAGUGAAUUUCUAGAUAGGGUGGUUAAAUAAGUGGAUGCCAGGUUUAUCCAAGGAUAGGAAUGUAAUUAGUGUAUACUCUUCAAUGCAUAAUAGUUUUUCUCUCCAGUUACUAGUGUUGCAGAUAAAAAAAAAAGAAAAAUCUUAAAUCAUUCGGGUUUCAUGCCAUAGUGUAUCAUGCAGGAAGAAAACUUGUCAACAGUAUAUUUACAUUUAUAAGAAUGGCAUGUAGGGAUUUGAAAUCACAAUUUCAAUCAUGUUAAUAUUGAGGACUUAAAUUAGUGUCAAGGAGUAAAUGUUGGAUGUGAGUGAAAGUUACAAGUCCUAUGACCUGAAGGGAUGCACAGGCAAGUCUAAACCCAAGGAAAAGACUGCAAAGGAGUGGCCAUUGCCUUCUAAGGAAUGGUGCUUCUGUUGUAGAUUGCAGCAAAAGACAUGUGACAUAUACAUGUCAAGGAGAAAGGUUGAGUGAGAGGUAAAUUUGUAGUAGUUACAGGUAAAGGGUUAUUCGUUAUUAUUAUUGUAUUUAUAGCUAGUAAUUUAGUUUUUGAAUGGAAGAAACCUCUUGAAGUUGUCUCUGCUGGAUUAGUUAUGCACUUGGAAUCCCAGAAGAAGCUAUGUUCUUUAUGUCAUUGAGCAGUUUCUGUGAAGUUCUUGGUAUUUAAUAUCUUCAUGUAAAGCAGUAGAUGCAUGAAGUGAGGAAAUUAGUAAAAACUUUUUAGUUUUGGAAGAUCUUUUGUCAUCUCUGGCCAGUCAGCAGAAGGGACGAGACCCUCAGACUUUCACCAUUCACCCUGUGUAAUUUGGGUUUAGUAAAGAAUCAGUGCCUGGUGCAAAGCAGAUUGUUUUCUCUAUAGUUGGAAAUAGUAAGAAAAUAUUGAUUCUUAUGGUAUAUAUAAUUGUUUUCAUUCUUAAUGGUAUUUAAAUUUAUUUAAGUAGUUUGUUCAGUUGUAUCUUGUCAUAUGGCAUUUUUGUUGUUAACACUAACUGUUAACUACAUUGAGAGAACAUCCCUUAAACUAUUAGCUACAAAUUCUAGAAGAGCACUAUUUUUGUUAUAAACAAAUAAAUACAGGUAGGCCAAUGGCCUACAUAGGUACUUCAUUUUCUGAAAUUUAAUUUAGUUCCAGGUGAUUCAAGGUAAUUUAUAGUAAAACACUACCGUGAUACUACGGUAGAAAAACCCACAAUGUAAAAUUAGAUUUAUUGAAAGUGAAAAUACAGUUUCAAAUCCAACUGGAUUCCAUCCUCAUAAUGGAAUCCAGGUGGAUUUCGAAACUGUAGUCUUACUUUCAAUAAAUCUAGUUUUACAUUGUGGGUUUUUCUAUUACAAGUCAUUACCAGAGUUUCUUCAAUAGCUUUCACAUGCAGUAAGAACGUUGCAGUUUUGUGAUGUGCGAUUGUGUACAUUCUAUAUGGGUUUUAUAUUUUAACACGCUAACAUGAAAGGGGACAUAAUGGGAAUAAAAGAUAUAUUGUUUUAUACCAGUCUCAAAAUUUGCAGCUUGCAAAGUCUUGCAGACUAUUGACUAUUAUAUCACUGCAGUUUUCCUGAGUUGGAAGGACAGUGUAACUCCUCCGACUGCAUAUUCUAAAUUCAAAUUUUGGGGCUCACAAGUGAAUGAAGUUAUAUUUUAAAGCAAAAUUUUCACAUUUCAUGGCCUUUUGACUGAUUGUGAUAUUAAUAGAAGCAAAGGAAGUUUUCAAUAUUUUUGUACAUGAGAUAUAGUGAUGACAGUGUUAGUGUACAAUAACAGAGAAGUGGACUGAAUUUAACUUUUGUUUAUUUAUGGUCAAGGACAAAUAUGAAUAUUACCUCUUUUCCCAACAUUAUUUUUUAUUAUUACAAAUAUUGAUGCCUCAUGAUUUGUAUAUAGGAUUCUAUGUCUUCUGAUAGUAUAUACUUGUUAAAUAUAUUAAAUAAAUAAAAUGCUAAUAA